UGUUUUGUGUUGGUUAGUUUAGGUUAUACAUACCUUUGGGUUAUGAAUGUUAUGAUUGUUGUUUUGAGAUUAUGAAAUAACACAAUUAUUACGUGUUACUGUUAUUCCAUGAUUUCUGUGUGAAAUGUGAAGUGAUAAGUUUUUUAUUAGAAUUUCGACAUAAAAAUAAUUGCUCAGUUACGGCUUCUGUUUGGACUUGAACGAGGAAUGAAUUAUUGCAGACACCAGAGACAGGGAAGUUGUCUCUGAAAUCAGUUCCUGAAAUAUCUGGCUUCGGGUGACUCAUUCAAAGCAAUGGCAUAUAGUUAUAGAAUGGGCGAAAGAACUGUUUCAGAAAUUGUAGAAGAGGUUUGUGAUGCGUUGUGGAACCACCUUCGAUCACAAGUACUAGCGGAGCCUACUACAAGCGAUUGGAUAAAAAUUGCAAAUGAUUUUAAGGACAACUGUCAAUUUGAUCAUUGCAUAGGUGCAAUCGACGGCAAGCAUGUAUCUAUAAAAGCACCUCCUAAUUCUGGGUCCAAUUUUUUUAAUUACAAAAAAACAUUUUCAAUUGUUCUACUAGCUGUUGUUGAUUCAAACCGGAAAUUCGUAUAUAUAGAUGUAGGAUCUAUGGGUAGAUUUAGUGACAGUGGAAUUUUAAAAGAUAGUAUAUUUGGAAUCAAACUAAAAAAUGGAGAACUGAAUUUACCUCCUGAAGAAACCCUCUAUCCUGGGGGAAUUGAAAUGCCUUACGUUUUCGUUGGGGACGAAGCAUUUCCUUUGACGACUAAUUUAAUGCGUGCUUAUCCGCAAUCCAAAUUGUCGGAAUCUAGAAGAUUGUAUAAUUAUCGUUUGUCCAGAGCACGUAGAGUAGUGGAAAAUGCAUUCGGUAUUUUAGCAGCUCGAUUUAGAAUAUUUAGACGACCCUUUGAAUGCCGUGUUGAACUUGUCGACAAAAUAGUGAAAGCAACGUGUGUCUUACAUAAUUAUUUAAUCAAAUACAAUUAUUACAACAUGAAUGAUAAUGAAAUUGAAAAUUUAGAUGAUAGUCAACUAAUGCCAAUUGCUCAUUCUGGUUGUAGAUACUCAAAUGAUUGUUUUUUUAUACGAGAAGAAUUCUGUAGAUAUUUCAAUAAUAUUGGUAUUGUUCCUUGGCAAAAAACGCGGCUAUUGAAAUAAUUGAAUAAUUAUUGUAACUUAAUUUAGACUAGGUAAUAGAAAAUAUUAAACUUUUCCUGUUAUUAAAAACAUAAAUGUUUAUAAAUAAUGUAUUCACUUGUACAUACUUAUUAUCUAAUAUGUAUUAAUGCAAAUUUGUCAUGACUUCUUUUUAUUAUUAAAAAAAAAUAAAUAAAU